GCAAACAUCAAAAUGUUACGGCUUACUGUUUUGCUGUGUGUCGCCACGUUGGCUUUGGGAAGUCCCUCAGUCACGAAGACUAGGGAGGAAAUAGAAGAAUUCCGAAGGUUUCUGGAAAAUAGCCGAACAGAUAGUGGAGUUCGCAUAGACUCCCGCAUGUUGGAAAAUCCUCAAGCCAACAUUUGGGAAAACAGUGGAAAGUACCAGGGCGAUAUCGUGUUGGAUGACUGGCAAGUUGAGGCUUUGGUAACUGAUUUCGCUGCUGGUAGAGCCGCAUACAUCUGGCCCAACACCAAGUGGCCUGGAAAUGUCGUGGUUUACGAGUUCGGCGCCAAUGAAUUCAAUGCCGCGCAACAACAGUCCAUCUUGCAAGCCAUCGGUUGGAUCGAACAUUUUUCCUGCGUCAGAUUCCGUCGCCGAACUGCCUCUGAUCGAAACUAUGUUUUAAUAACAGGAAAAUCUAACGGUUGUUAUGCCAACAUCGGUUUCUGGGCUAGUCGUGGUAUCCACACCUUGAACUUGGCCCGUGCGAACCCUGGACAGGGAUGUCUCGGGGUCGCUGUCAUUAUCCACGAGUGGCUCCAUAUCCUCGGUUUCUUCCACAUGCAGUCAACUUACUCAAGGGACAACUACGUGCGAAUCAAUCAUAACAACAUUGUCCAAGGAAUGGGACAUAACUUCGAUCGCUACGAACGUAACAUAGUCAGCAAUCUUGGUCUGCAAUACGAGUACACCAGCUGUAUGCACUACAGUUCGCAUGCGUUCAGCAGGAAUGGACAACCUACUAUUACUCCACUCAGGAGUUUCCCCGGCGUCAUGGGUCAAAUGGAUCAUGUCACUCAUUUGGACUGGGUGAGACUGCGCAGACACUACAACUGCCCUGGUGCCUGGAGUAGUGAAGAUUUGGAAAAUCUAGAGAAAGAAGUCAAUUUCUAUUCUCCUCUUUCUGAAAAGACUCCGCCGGUAGUCGUUCAAGCAGAAGAUUAUGUUAACGAAUGA